AUGCUGCUGAUGCCGGUUAUGUUCCAGCAAUUCCAGCUUUCUGGGUCAUUCACUCUUGUUCCUUCAUACAUCAUUAUGGAGUCAACUAAGGAUGAUGUCUGCACCGUGAUACAAGCAGCCUCGAGUGAGAACGAGAAAAACGAUGAUUCCCAGACACUCGUUGACAGCGAAGAAUCAUCAUCUUUCCCGGAAGGAGGAUGGCGAGCCUGGUUAGUAGUCUUGGGCGCAUGGUGCGCCAUCUUCCCGACAAUGGGAAUAAUGAACCUGUACGGGUUGUUGGAAGAUUGGCUGGCAGAACACCAGCUACAUGAAUAUUCAAAAGCAUCAAUCUCGUGGAUCUUCAGUUUGUGGCUUUUCUUCUUCUAUCUCGGUGGCAUCCAAAUUGGGCCCAUAUUUGACGCACAUGGUGUCAGAUAUAUUCUCGUGCCUGGCUGCAUUGGCAUGACCUUGUCGAUGAUGUUCCUCAGCGUCUCCCACGAAUACUAUCAGUUCAUCUUGGGAUUCAGCAUUUUAGGUGGGCUCUCUGCAUCAGCAGUGUACACACCCAGUGCUGCGUGCAUCACGCACUGGUUCCUCAAGAGACGUGGUCUAGCGACCGGGAUCGCGACGACAGGGGGUGGCAUUGGAGGAAUUAUCUUCACCAAUGUGUUCGGUAUCCUGAGCAAUAGAAUUGGGUUCCCCUGGACUAUCCGCAUCCUGGGAUUUAUAUUCCUCGCUAGCCUAAUGGUCAGCCUGCUUACUCUCGAAGCACGUCUCCCACCUAGUCCGUCAGCAGGGAACAAGAUCGACAUUCGCGCGCUCAAGGAGCCCGUCUUCACCAUGACUUCCAUCGCCGUCAUUUUCGCGGAAAUCGGCUUGAUAGUCCUAGUCACCUAUUAUCCGUCCUAUGCACAAUCGCACGGCAUCACUGGCGCCCUUUCCUACCAGCUCAUGACGAUCAUGAGCGCAACAUCUAUCUUCGGCCGCGUCAUUCCGGGAGUCUUAGCGGAUAUAUGGGGCCGCUUCAACGUUAUGUUUGGGACCUGUGCUGUAUGUACUAUUCUGUCCUUUGGUCUAUGGUUUACGGCGGGCACCGACAAAGCUUGUAUCCUGGCUUUCGCGGCAUUAAUCGGGUUUUGGAGCGGACCAGCGAUAAGUCUGACACCCGUCUGCGUGGCUCAAAUCUCCAAAACUGAGAGCUAUGGCAAACGAUUCGGUACAACAAUCGCGCUGAUGGCGUUUGCGUUGUUAGUUGCCAUUCCUGUGGCUGGUGAGAUCUUGAAGGGGCAGAAUCGGGGGAAAGUAGAGACGGAGUAUUCCGGCUUGAUUGGGUUCAGUGGAGCGGCAUAUGCUGGAGCCUGUCUAUUUCUGUUUCUGGCCAAGGGAGCCAGUGUUGGUUGGCGGGUUACAAAGGUAUUUUGA